ACUCGUCGCACACCACUUACAUGAAGGAAGAAGUGGACAGAUAUCGCGUGACGAUCGGCAACCGAACGUGUGUUUUCGACAAAGAGAACGACCCGACGAUUCUGCGCUCUCCGUCCACCGGAAAACUGCUGCAAUUCCUGGUGGAGGACGGAUCGCACGUGUAUUCCGGUCAGGCGUACGCCGAGAUCGAAGUGAUGAAAAUGGUCAUGACUUUGACCACUCAGGAGUCGGGCAUUGUUCAGCACGUGAAGAGAUCGGGCGCUGUCCUGGAGGCCGGAUCUAUUCUGGCGCGUCUGGAACUGGACGACCCGACGCGCGUCCAUCGCGCAGAACUCUUCACUCUGGGUUUCGACGCGUUGUCCGAAACGGACUCGGACGUGGUUCCGCACGCGUUGGCGGUCAUCGACGGCCACAACAGCAAUUCGGAGACCAAACUGAACGUCUCGUUCACGACCGCCAAAAACCACUUGGAGAACAUUUUGGCCGGUUUCGGACUUCCCGAACCCUUC